AUGAAUCAUCUCAACACACUGGGCAAUCGCCAUAUAGCGAGUCUCAAUGCGGACCUCGCAAAGAUGGAGACAGGCGAAGGAGGUCCGAGCGUACAAGGAUCGGUCUCCACAACGCUCGGCGCUCUAUCUAGGCUGAUAGACGACUAUGACUCGUUGGCGCGAAAGGAGAUGGUGUCUGCUGCGAGGGAAAAGGCGAACGUACGCGUAGCCCGACUACAAACAGAACAUCGAGACCUUAAAGCCCGCUUCGAACACGCCAGAAACACCUCUUCCCAGCGAAACAGGGAGGGCCUCCUCUCUACCUCUUCCUCAUCCGUCGCCUCCCCUUCCAGCUCCGCUUCUCAGCGCCUCAAUGCCAACUCCCUCCAACGCCGCGGCUCAAGCCAGGGCGGCUCCUCUUCCGCAUACGCCGACUCCCCCUAUUCGUCCAUGUACAAGCCGAACCACCCCCUUCCUGGCCAACAGGGAUAUACCGACCGCGAGAGCUUUGCGAUGCGCGAAGAUACGUUCUUGCAGGAUAGCGAGCGGAAUAUCGACCAGUAUAUCGCGCAGGGGAGGGCGGCGCUGGAGAAUCUGGUGGAGCAACGGGGGAUCUUGAAGGGGACGCAGAGGAGGUUGAGGGAUGCGGCGAAUACGCUGGGGCUGAGCAGGGAGACGAUAGGUUGGGUGGAGAGGAGAACGAAACAAGACGGAUGGAUCUUCGGAAUAGGCGCGACCGUCACCCUCUUCUGCUUUUGGCUCAUCUGGCACUAUCUCGGAUAA